AAUCAUGAAUUAACUUUCAUUCUAUUUAAGUUUAUAAAAUUUAGCAUAUAAAUGGUAAUUCUCAUGUAAAGUUAUGGGAUUGUUUGAAAGGUAUAACACAGGAUAUAAGAUGUGAGGCACAACAGUCCUCUACAAAAGGAUCCUACCCUGCACAUUACGCUUGUGAUGACGACAUGGACACAUUUUCUCUAACCAGAGAUGACGUAAGCCAGAGCUGGUCAAUGAAUCUUGGUAGAAAAUAUCCAAUAUUCUGGAUUUUCCUAAGCAUUAGUUGUGGAAAAUAUGAUAUCAAAAUUCAGGACGACACCCACAAAACCAAAAAUUGUUCAAUGAUUUUGAAAACGUACGAAACUACUACCAAAACCCCUGAUACUACGCCCCUGGGACCUGUUGUAGGAAACAAAAUUAUAAUCACAAGACUGGACGAUGGCGCAAUACAAAUUGAUGAAAUAAAACCAAUAAAAUUUGAACCUUGGAACAUCCCAGUAAAGAAUUAUUCUGGUGGCAUUGAAGGCACAAAGGCUUUUGAUGGCGAUCUAAACACCUACUUUUUAACUGAAGUAAACAUCAAUGCAACGUGGUAUAUGAUGCUGAACACUAGUUACGAAAUCAAAUGGAUACUUCUUCUUAUCAGAGGAGGAGAAUAUGAAGUGCACAUAUCUAAAACUCUAUGUCAUCUAAAUACGACGACCCUGUGCAAAAUACUGAAGCUUAGUAAUCCAGCAACAAAAUACCACGUUAUAGUAGAGUGUGAUAAAGAAGUGAAAGGGAACUAUAUUGUAAUUAGAAGAAUCGACGAAGGACCUUUGAGGCUGUUUGAAGUACAUCCUAUAAUUUGUCCUGCAAAUCACUAUGGAAUAAACUGUGCUAAAUGUAGGGAGGCAUGUGUUUCCUACGAACCUAUAUCUGGGGUAUGUAAUCAAUGCAGAGGAUCUUUGUAUGGUGAUUAUUGUCAACAUCGAUGUCCAUCAACAUGCACAACGAUGAAAUGUGACCAACAAACCGGACGUUGUCAUAGUUGUAGAGAAGGCUACAAUGGAAAUUACUGUGAAUUCCAAAACUCGACCACCUAUAACAAAACUGAAGUGGUUACCACCAGUACAAAUUCUGAGCGAAACAAACCUAGUACUGCUGUGAUGGAUGUUUACAUAAUGUACUUGAAAAAAUGCUUUUUCUCAGAAGAAAAUGAAUUUACAGAAGAUAGAAAUAAUGAAGGAGACCGAAUUCAAUUCCCAAUCCUGUUGGUGACUCUGAGUGCAAUGGUUGUUCUAUUACUAGUGGUUGUCGUGAUUCUCUUCGUUUCAAGGUGGAAUAAUUUAAUAUCAAAGAACGAAAAGAAAAGUCACACUCCAAAGAAUCUUCUGAGAUCAGAGUCGAGAAAUGAGUCCGAGUUAGAAGAGAUUCCUCAAAACGAGGCAGGAUAUGUCGAAGAGGAAGUUAUUGUUGUAGAGUACGGUAAUCUGACGUCAGAAAGGGUCUCAAUAGAGCAGUUUAUCAAGGAGGUGCCAGAAAGAAAAUGCAAUGGUACACUAGAAAAAGAGUUCAAUGACCUUCCAUGUGGAUUGCUAGAAUCCUACUCAAAUGCACUUAAGAUUUCAAACAGGAGAGGUAACAGAUACAAAGGCAUUUAUCCCUAUGACUAUAAUCGCGUGAAGUUAAUAAGAACAGAAGAUAAUGCGAACGAUGAUUUUGUUAAUGCUUCAUACAUUCAUGGUUUCGCCAAAGAACGUGCUUACAUAGCCUAACAAGGUCCUUUCAAUCCUAAAACAUUAGAAGAUUUCUGGACGGUAAUUUGGCAGAAUGACUCUACAAGAAUCGUUAUGCUGACAAAUCUGUACGAAGGAGAAAAGAUGAAGUGUCUCAAGUACUGGCCUGACACAGAGCUGGACAUUGGUCCAUACACCAUUCGACUGGACACAGUGGAUGUGUAUGACAACUACAUAUUGCGCUAUUUGAUUGUACAUUAUCAGGAAGAACAAAAAAGAGUGACACAGUUUCAUUUCACCACGUGGCCUGACAACUCUGUUCCAGAGGAGUUGACGUCACUCAUCUGCUUCCGGAAUUUAGUUAAGAAUGGUAUGACGUCAUCAGACGGACCAAUUGUUGUUCACUGCAGCGCAGGGAUUGGUAGAACAGGGACACUUAUCGCCCUUGAUUAUCUCCUGGAAGAGGGCACUGCUGAGCAGACGAUUGACGUCAAAGGAUACGUAGCUUCUCUUCGACAUCAACGCGGGAAAUCUAUACAGACAUGCGAGCAGUAUAUCUUCCUACAUGACUCACUGAUAGAAGGAUUCACAAAUAACAAUGCUCGCAGGAGCGUGUUGUCGGUACUUUAAAACCAUAUUGGAGUACAGUGUGAAUUGUCCAUUGUUAUUUGUUUUUUUUUUUU